AUGGAGCAACCAAGCAUCUCCCACUUCAAGCUCUCGGCAACCUCAUGCGGCACCUGCGCCGUCCACUUCGACAACCCCGACACCCGCCGUGCCCACUCAAAAAGCCAAUGGCACGUCACGAACCUCAAGCGCCGCAUGGCCGAUCUAGAGCCUCUCACAGCGGAGCAGCACGCCGCCUCGGUCUCCACACAACCGGCCGCCGCUCCGGGCAAGGACGAGUCCACACCGGCAUCCGACUCCCCUUCAUCGUCUGCCUCUGAGGCCGAUCUCAGCGAUGCCGAGGAUGACGAUGAUGAUGACUUCAUCCCGGAAGAGUGCUUAUUCUGCACCACGACGUCAGACUCCCUUGACGACAAUAUCGCGCACAUGCAUAAAGCGCAUGGGAUGUUCAUACCAGAUAAGGAAAAGCUCAUCGUCGAUGUUGAGACGUUGGUAAAGUACCUCCAUCUCGUCAUCUUCAGGUACCGCGAGUGUCUGCAGUGCGGGACACAGCGACGAACGGCUGCUGCGGUACAGCAGCAUAUGCUUGGGAAAGGCCACUGUCGAUUUGAUGUCACAGCGGAGGAUUCUGAGUUUAGGGACUUUUACAAGCAACCUUCAGAGGAUGUUAAGAACACAAGAGAAGAGGGCGACGCCAGAAAGGCUGUUGCUGAUGCCUUGGAAGAAGGCGGAUCAAUCCGUUUGCCUUCUGGGAAACAGCUCUCUCAUCGCUCUGCUCCAGGCCCAUCGAGGCCUCGCACCAAGAUUGGUGCAAACAACGACACGGCUACCUCAGACAACCUCAUUCAAGAAAGAUCAGGCUCCUCGGGCAUCAACGAGUCAGAAGCAAGCUUUCAACUCACAACUCCCUCCGGACCGGGAGGCAAGUUCGACACAAAGGUUCUGACGCGCGCCGAGAAGCGCGACGUCGUCUUUGAGACGCAGCUUUCCCGCUUGAGCAUCAAUGACCGCUCUGCGCUCGCCCACUUGUCUUCCGCUGAGCAGCGGAGUGUCUUGUUGACGAGGCAGAAACAGUUAGAUAAGGCGGAGAAGGCCGCUAGGAGGCUUCAGACGAGGUUGGAGAUGAAGGCGAAUAAGACUGGGCAGGGAAACUUUGUCAAUGAUGUUCCUGGUCGGAAGAAUGGUUAA